AUGGAGAUUAUGAUAAAAGGGUCAACCAUGGUACGACGUGCUCAAGACACUCCAAAACGAAGCCUAUGGAUAUCUAACUUGGACCUGGUGAAUAUAAGAAUCCAUAUUCGUACUGUAUACUUCUACAAGCCAAAUGGUUCUUCUAAUUUCUUUCAGUCGCAACUGCUUAGACAGGCUUUAAGCAAGAUUCUUGUGCCCUUCUAUCCCGUAGCUGGGUGGUUGGGAUGCGACGAAAAUGGGAGGCUUGAAAUUAUAUGCAAGGGAGUAUUAUUCAUAGAGGCUGAAACUGCUUCUGUUAUGGAUGACUUGAUUCAAGAUUUCAGCGAUUCUUCAGAGAUUUCGCAGCUAGUUCCUAUAGUCGAUUAUUCAGGAGGAAUGUCGUCUUAUCCACUUCUCUUGUUGCAGGUAACUAAAUUCAAAUGCGGAGGAGUCUGUCUUGGAGUUGGAUUUCAACAUACUUUAGGGGAUGGUUUAUCUGCUCUUCAUUUCAUCAAUAGUUGGGCUGACACAGCACGAGGCUUGACUCCUAGCAUUACGCCACACAAUGAUCGAACUCUUCUGCAGGCUCGGGUGCCCCCAACUCCUACAUUUCACCAUGUUGAGUACGACCAUCCUCCAUCUUUGAACAACUCAGCUUCCACUUCAGAAUAUCAUCACAUUAAGCCAUCAGCCGUAUCUAUAUUUAAACUCACGGUUGAUCAGCUAAACACCCUGAAAGCCAAACCAAGUGAAAAUGGAGACUCCACAAAAUAUAGUACUUACAAAAUCCUAACUGCACAUUUAUGGCGUUGUGCAAGUAAAGCAAGAGGACUUUCAGAUGUUCAAGUAACCAAGCUAUUGAUACCAGUUGACGGACGAUCAAGAUUGCAUCCUCCUCUCCCACCAGGCUAUUUCGGCAAUACAAUAUUAAUUGCUACACGGAUUGUUCUAGCUGGUGAUCUCCAAUCAGAACCAUUAAUAGACACUGUAAAGAGAAUCCAUGAAUCAGUAAUACAGGUCGAUGAUGAAUACGUGAGAUCAGUACUUGAUUACAUAGAAAAGGUGCCUUAUGUCAAAACACAUUCUUUUCCAUGUCCAAACAUUGAUAUUGUUAGUUGGAUGUGGUUGCCUUGGGGUCGUCCCACAUACAUGAGGCCAGCCAAGAUCAUCCAAGAAGGAAAAUUUUGCAUACUACCAAGUCCAACGGGUGAUGGGAGCCUGUUUCUGGCGACACGCUUGGAAGCCUCUCACAUUGAACUCUUCGAAAAACUUCUGUAUGAAUUCUAA